AUGGGUCUGGGCAAUCACAUGGGUCUUGGCGAUCACGUGGGUCUUGAUGAUCAUGUGGGUCUUGGCGAUCACGUGGGUCUUGAUGAUCACAUGGGUCUUGGCGAUCACGUGGGUCUGGAUGAUCACGUGGGUCUUGCUGAUCACGUGGCCCUUGGUGAGGCUGAUGAUCUGGUGGAGCAAUUGAGGAGUGAAAAUGUGCUCCUCAACUUCUCCAACGACUCUAUGUUGCUAAGAUUUGAAGAAGACAACGACUCUCUGUUGCUGAAAUUUGAAGAAGACGCUGGCGACGAGCAGCGAAGGGUUGUGGAUCCAGCAAUCGUGUUGAAGGAAAGCCAGAGAGUAGUAUCAAUGUCUUAUCGGAUUUCUUCCACAAGAGCGCCAUCAAUCUCCUACGCCGAACCGCCACUGGCCCAGAAAAUAACCGACGAACCAGUCACCCAGAAAACAGCCCAGAGCACCGUCACCUCCGUUUAUCAAACCCACAUCGCAGGCCACUGGAGAAACAUAACAGUUUUAUGGUGCAAGAACCCCGUGAGCCAUUCCGUCACCAUUUCCGUAGACAGCGUUCACGGCGAUUUCCAUGGUUCUUGCCGGAUCGAUCUCAAACCGUGGCAAUUCUGGUGCAAGAAAGGGUUCAAAACCUUCGACGUCGACAGCAACCAAGUCGAGGUCUACUGGGAUUUGCGGUCGGCCAAAUUCUGCGGCAGCCCCGAGCCGGCGUCCGAUUUCUACAUCGCGGUCGUUGCCGAGGAAGAGGUGGUGCUGUUGUUGGGUGAUUACGGCAAGAAGGCUUACAAAAGGACCAAAUGCCGGCCUCCUCUUGUUGAAGCGGUGAUGUUUUACAAGAAGGAGCACGUGUUCAACAAGAAAUGUUUUUCCACGAGAGCGAGGUUCGAUCCGAGGAAGAAGGAGCAUGAAAUCGUGGUGGAGAGUUCGACGUCGGGGUCGAAAGAUCCCGAGAUGUGGAUAAGCAUAGACGGGAUUGUGUUGAUUCACAUCCGAAACUUGCAGUGGAAAUUCCGGGGAAACGAGACCGUUCAGGUUAACAAGCUGCCGGUGCAAGUUUACUGGGACGUACACAAUUGGCUGUUCUCCACGCCGGGCUCCGGCCACGGCCUGUUCAUCUUCAAGCCGGGGCCGAUGGAGACCGAAAGCGACGUCGAUGAGAACAGCCGGUGCGGCGACAGCGACGACUGCAGCAGUAGCAAUAGCAGGUAUUACUCGACUCAAAGUCAGUCCAAAGAAUCGGAAUUCUGCCUCUUUCUUUACGCUUGGAAGCUCGAAUGA